ACGAAGGCUGGGAAGGGCUUCUUCAUUGAAAGGAAUUUCGAGUCUGUCUUAUAUGCGAUCGCUGCUCCUGACAAGGAUGAACGAUUCUCUACGUGAUUGUUGAUCUUGUUGAUUUGCAGGAGAAAAAUAUAAAAUAUAAAAGCACUUGCGGUCGAAUAGAUGGUGGUGGGAAGGGGAGACCCGAAGUCUUGCAGUCUCCACACUCUAGAAUACGCAGACCAUGAACUACGUGGGCCAGCUGGCAGGCCAGGCCUUCGUGCAGCUGAAGGAGCUGUACUGCGGCCUGAACCCGGCCACCCUGUCCGGCUGCAUCGAUGUCAUCGUGGUGCGCCAGCCUGACGGCACCCUGAAAUGCUCGCCCUUCCACGUCCGCUUCGGCAAGAUGGGUGUGCUCCGCUCACGAGAGAAGCUGGUGGACAUCGAGAUCAACGGGGAGCCAGUGAAUCUGCACAUGAAGCUGGGGGAGAACGGAGAGGCCUUCUUCGUCAAGGAGACGGAGCUCGAUCAGGAAAUGGUGCCAGCCUACCUGGCCACCUCGCCCAUCUUGACGGAGGGCGGUGCCCUCAUGGAGUCCCAGCUGGGUAAGGGGGCGCCCAGACACGGCGACAUGCCCCCUGUCCCGUCCAUCCAGACCCUGGGCCCGUCCCAGUCCCCGGGGGAGGGCAGCGGCCAGCAGCAGCAGAAGAAGAGGAGGAAGAAGAAGAGACGCAGGAAGUCCCAGGUGGACAGCGUGAGGAGGGAGGACACGGAGGGCGACUCGGAGGACGAGGACAUGUUCACCAUCGACAUGAGCUCAGACGAGGAGCGGGCGCUGGGGGACGGCAGGGAGGCGUCCUGCGACAGGUACACCGAAGGUCAGGUGAAAGGAAUGACCUCCAGCUGUACCUUUAUGCAGACCUCAGCGUACACACAGUCUGAUGGGGGCUGGACACACACGCAGAGCACCAGACUGGAACAGACCUGCACACUGCCCAUCCCCACUGGGGGAGGACUGUCUAUGUCUCUACCCCCCAAUACCUCCAUCUUCCAGGACAUACACAGUCCCCCCGGCUCCCUCCCGUCCACGCCGAAGAGCGACUCGGAGCUGAUUGGCCAGCUGGGGAAAGGCAAACCAGACAACCCCGAGAUGCUGUGGGCCUGGGGGGAGCUGCCGCAGGCUGCCAAGCCAGCGUUCCUGAAUGAAAUGCCAGAGGCCAUGGUAGCCCCGGUCUCCAUCCCCAUGUCCGAGAGCACCCACUUCAGAGCCAUCUCCAGCAACUGCCCUCCUGAGAAUCAUUCGGCAGACGACACCGCGCGCCCUACCCUCUCCCUCUACAUCCCUGACUCCGGAGGGGAGGAAGGUGCAGGUGCAGGGGCAACAGCACCCCCUGCAGGCAUGGAGGUGGACGGGAUUGGCGCAGUGGCACGUCUGCUGCACGAUCUGGACGAAGGCCGGAACAGCCCCAGCUGCCGACCGCUGAGCAAGGCUGACUCUCCCUCCAAAAGAAAUGACAAAAGAAGCCAACACCUGGGCUCAGACGGGGUCUACCUGGAUGACAUCACAGCACUGGAGCCUGAAGUGGCUGCCCUUUACUUCCCAAAGAGUGAGGGUUCUGGUUCAGUGAGGGGGGGCCACGAGUUGCGCAGUGCCAACCAAUCACCUCAGUCCGUGGGCAGCAGCGGAGCGGACAGUGGAGUGGACAGCUACUCUGACCAGACCGGGGACCCGCCCUCUAUCGCCAUCUCCCUGUGUGGAGGACUAACAGACAACAUGGAGUUAACCAGGGAGCAGUUUGAGGAGAAAGCAAUAUCCUACCGGGAGUUUGCUGACAACCCGUCCGUCAUCGAUGACCCCAACCUUGUUGUGAAGAUUGGAACCAAGUAUUAUAACUGGACCACGGCGGCUCCUCUCUUGCUGGCGAUGCAGGUUUUCCAGAAGCCUCUUCCAAAGGCCGCAGUGGAGAACGUCAUCAAGGAGAAGAUGCCCAAGAAAGGAGGCCGCUGGUGGUUCUCAUGGAGGGGCAGGAGCAGCAACUCCAAGUCGGAUUCCAUAUCAGAAACGGGAGGUGAUGAGGGAAGUCAGUCCGUGCCGACCGGCUCCUAUAGGAUGAAAGACGACUCCUCCAGUGACGAGGACAACCGGGCCGCUCGAGUCGUCACAGGCUCCUCCCAGGACGACCCGCCACUCACCCCCAGCAGCAUCUGGUACAAGAAGACCCUCCGCCUGUCAUCUGAGCAGCUAGCAAGCCUCCAGCUGAAAGAGGGUCCGAACGAUGUGGUGUUUAGCGUCACAACCCAGUACCAGGGGACGUGCCGCUGUGAGGGCACCAUCUACCUGUGGAACUGGAACGAUAAGAUCGUCAUAUCUGACAUCGAUGGCACCAUCACCAGGUCAGACACCCUCGGACACAUCCUGCCCACGCUGGGCAAGGACUGGACCCACCAGGGCAUCGCUCGCCUGUACCACAAAGUGAGCCAGAACGGGUACAAGUUCAUGUACUGCUCUGCGCGUGCGAUUGGCAUGGCGGGUAUGACCCGCGGGUACCUGCACUGGGUGAACGAGAGGGGCACCAUGCUGCCACAGGGACCCGUGCUGCUCAGUCCCAGCAGCCUCUUCUCUGCCCUACACAGGGAGGUCAUAGAGAAGAAGCCGGAGAGAUUCAAAAUCGAGUGUCUGACAGACAUCAAGAAUCUGUUCUACCCUAACACAGAGCCCUUCUACGCUGCCUUCGGAAACAGAGCCACGGAUGUGUAUUCCUAUAAGGAGGUUGGAGUGCCCUUGAAUAGGAUAUUCACGGUGAACCCUAAGGGAGAACUCUUUCAGGAGCACGCCAAGACCAACAUCUCAUCAUACGGGCGCCUGUGUGAGGUGGUGGACCACAUCUUCCCUCUGAUGAUCCGGGGGCAGGAGUCUGAUUUCCCCUGCUCAGACACCUUCAGCCAGUUCACCUACUGGAGAGACCAGCUGCCCGAGGUGGGACCGGAGGACAAGGAUGCAGGGAGCGACUGAGCUGACGACUCACACACAUACACAUACACACAUACACACACACACACACACACACACAGAGAGAGACACACACACACACA